CUGUCCCUCUCCCUACGAUGUCAGCGGCGGCCGGCGGUUCUAAAGCCGCCGCCGCCGCCGCCGCCGCCGCUGACCCAUCCCUCUUGGCUCGCCCGAUUCAGCUGUUUUUUUGCCACUGGCGAUCCCUUGUGUCUGCUUCUUGCUGCUGCCGGUGCUGCUGAUCCGGCUGAUCGUGGAAUUCGAUCUCCGGACUGCGGACUAAACCCAGUCUCAGAGUUUCACGAAUGGACAGCUCUUCUUCUCUGCUUGGGCUGCUUGUGCUUUGGCCAUGUGACUUCUAGUGAAGGCUGUGGUCAAGAUGAAAGAGACGCCCUAUUGAAGUUCAAGGCUGAUCUUGAAGACCCUUCAAGCUCUCUGUCAUCUUGGGUUGUCCAAAGGGAUUGUUGUUUGUGGUCUGGUGUUGUCUGUGAUAAUGUUACUAGCCAUGUCACUGAGCUCCAUCUCGGAUGGGAGUCUUCCUGGGACGGUUCUGUGUUUAGUGGUAAGCUAAAUUCUCAAUUGCUUCAGUUGAAGUAUCUAAGUUAUUUGGACCUGUCAAACAAUCAUUUUCAAGGGAUUCCUAUUCCAAGUUUUCUUGGCUCUAUGAGUAGUUUAAACCAUCUUUACCUUGAUGGAGCUGGAUUUGGCGGAGUCAUUCCCCAUCAACUGGGAAACCUCACAAAUCUGCAACAACUUGGUCUGCAGGCUGCUAGAGGCUAUGUGCUAUAUGGUGAUAGUUUGAGGUGGCUUUCUGGUAUGUCUUCACUAAGAUACCUUGAUUUGAGUGAUAUCGAUCUUAGCAAUGCUUCUGACUGGUUGAACAUGAUAAACAAACUCCCAAGUCUUUCAGCAUUGUAUCUAUCAAGAUGUCGUAUCCGUUAUAUCCCGCCCCUCAAGAAUUUGAACAUGUCUUCGUUGUCUGUUCUUAGUUUGCAUUACAAUCAAUUUGCUCAAACUUCAGUUCCUAGUUGGGUUUUUCAUCUUCGGAGCCUUACUUACUUGAAUCUAGGAGUCAACGCUUUUGAUGGUCCAAUUCCUGACCAACUUCAAAACCUUACUUCACUGAGGACACUUUCCUUGCCCUCGAAUCGGUUCAGUCAUUCAAUACCAAACUGGUUAUAUAGAUUAAGUCAUCUUGAGACACUCAAUCUAUAUGGUAAUCAGUUGGAUGGUAAAGUCUCAACUGCUGGGAUUGGAAACUUGUCUUCUCUUGUUUACCUUGACCUGUCAAUCAAUCGUCGCCUUGAAUUUGAGAGGGGAAUUCCAGAGUCAUUCAAAAGCUUCUGCCAUUUGAGGUCACUUUCUCUGCAUAAUGUAAUACUGAAUCAAAAUGUAUCAGAGUUGCUUGAAAUCAUUGCAGAAUGUGCUUCUGAUACUUUACAGGUAUUGUUGUUGUCUAGUUGCCAACUGUCUGGUCAGUUGACUGAUCGGAUUGGAGUUUUCAAGAGUCUUAAUCGUCUCAGCCUCGGAAAUAAUUCCAUUUCUGGUUCACUUCCAAUGUCAUUUGGAGAAAUGACAUCCUUAUACCAUGUAAACCUUGCAAGGAACAAGAUUAGUGGGACAAUUCCAACAAGUUUUGGAGCAUUGGCACAGCUGGAGUACCUGGAUAUCUCUCAGAACAAAUUGCAGGGCGUCAUUUACUCUGAAAUUCAUUUUGCCAAUCUCAGAAGGCUGGCUUGCUUUAUAGUUUCUGGAAAUAAGGUGGUGUUGAAAGCUAAACCAGAUUGGGUUCCUUCCAAGCUCCUCGAAAGAUUAGACCUAGAAUCCUGUUAUGUUGGACCUGGAUUCCCCCAUUGGUUGCAGAGUUUGCAGCAUCUCAAGUCUCUUGAUCUAUCUAACUCUGGAAUUUCAGAACCCAUCCCUGACUGGUUCUGGAGCAUGUCGUCUCAGUUCUACUAUAUGAAUUUGUCUCACAACCAAAUCCCAGGAAGGCUUCCACAUGUCAUCGCUGUUGUAAACAAUUUAUCAAUGUUUGAUUUCAGCUCCAAUUUCUUGGAAGGUCCACUGCCUACUAUUUCAUCCUACUUGACAUUUCUGGACCUUUCCAACAAUCUGCUUUCUGGAAACUUGUUCAAGUUCUUGUGUUUCAACCCCAGCGAGAAGAGGGCUACAGAAUUUCUGAGCCUGUACGGUAAUAGAUUGACUGGCGAAAUACCAGAUUGUUGGAAGACUUGGCAGAGCUUGUCCAGUAUAAGGCUGGACAGAAACAAGCUCAGUGGCAAGAUCCCUAGGUCCCUCGGGUAUUUAAGUUCCCUCAAGUCCUUGCGCCUCCAGAACAAUAGGUUGUCUGGUGAAAUUCCACCAUCCGUCCAGAACUGCUCCAGGUUAAUCACAGUUGACUUGGGUUAUAAUGGAUUGGAAGGGAAGAUUCCAGAAUGGAUUGGACAAAGCUUUUCUAGAUUGUCCAUUCUUAAUUUGGGCAGGAAUAAGUUUCAUGGCAGCAUACCUAAGGAGAUUUGCAACCUACAAUCGUUACAGAUCUUAGAUCUUUCUCACAACUCUCUUUCUGGUACCUUGCCAAAAUGUAUUGCUAAUCUCACUGCCAUGGCUACUCCUAACAAUGAUACUUCGGGUCUCAUUUCCCUCUUUGCUGGUGCGAGUAAAUUGUUUUCGGAUACUCAGAUUCUGGCGAGGAAAGGCCAGUUGUUCAAUUACAGCACCAUACUGAACUAUGUCAGAAGUUUGGACCUUUCCUGGAAUAACUUGUCAGGACAGAUCCCCAACCAGAUCACAAGCCUGGCAGCCCUUCAAUAUCUCAACUUGUCACAUAAUGCAUUAUCUGGAGCAAUACCAGAGGAUCUAACCGCAAUGCUCUCUCUUGAAUCCUUGGAUCUCUCGAUGAACCAGCUGGCCGGAUCAAUUCCUUCAAGCCUGGGAAGCCUCACAUUCUUGAAUUUCUUGAACUUGUCGCACAACAACUUGGGUGGGAUAAUUCCUUCAAGCACUCAACUGCAGAGCUUUGAUUCAUGGAGCUUCAUCGGCAAUCGAGAACUUUGUGGGCCUCCAUUGAAGGUGGACUGCAGCAGCAACAACAGAGUGCCUGGUUUAAUUUAUGGAGAAGAAAAUGAUGAAGAGUAUGCAUUGCAUUGGUUCUCUGGCAGCGUUGUUCUGGGUUUCGUGGGCGGUUUCUGGGGUGUGGUUGCCUUGUUUGUAUUGCUCCAACGGUCGUCAAACCCAGGCUCUGGGUUGGAAGAUCACAUUGGUCAAAAACUGUUGAUCUUGUUAAUGAGAUUGCUGAAGUAGGAGUUUUCAUGCCCAGAAAUGGCCUUCUUAGUUUUAUCGCUUCUGGGAUGGCUUCUGUUCUGUUGCCAGCAGAUUAACUGUGGACUGCCGUGGAGUGUCUCUCAAGUUGCGGCUGAUAAUCACCUGAUCUAGAAUCUCAAUGAUAAAAAAAAAUGUUUGCAGCCAGUUUAUCAAAGAACGUCUGAAAAUCGCCUCUUCCCUCCGACCUAAGCUCAUGGUCUAAGAAGCUCAGCUUGCGGAGAUUCAGGGGACAACAGCGGGACAAAACCUUGCUUUCAUGUCUGCGGAAACUCGAGUAACGUUGGAAGUCACAUUGAUUGAAGUCAAGAACAGGGGCAUGUUUCCAGACGCAUCUCCAAAAUCGUGACAAUGCAGAGGUUAAAAUCGUGACAAUACAGAGGUUUGAACGGCGGAUUUGGUGUCAAGAAAAGGAAGGAUGUGAUGGACUGUAGGUUCUGGAAGACAGCUCAACCUGUCCUGAUGACCUUUCCUUUUUUUUUGGGUAGGAGAUGAUGACCUUUCCUUGCCUAACUGUUCUUGCUCGUUAGCUUCCUCUUCUACGGGUGAAAGCAACUAACAAUUAUGAGAACAGAGAAAGUAAAGUUCGACGGAUCAGAGCCAAGGAAGAUCAAGGGCGCGAGAGGAGAGACUGUCAUCGCCGUCGGGCAAGUUGAUCAGUAAACUAGUAGGGACACUUGAUCGGAGCUACACUAGGGUUCUGCUAGGCUACAAAUACCUCCAUGCAAGUGUUAGCUAGUGAAUACCUAGAAGGAACAAUUGAUCUUCUCAGGCCUUGAUGUUGGUAUCAGAUUGUACCUGUCUUUGUUGUUUUCUAUUCUCGAUGUACCCAACAAAGAUCUGAAGCAAUAGAACCAGAAUACUCUUCCGACUUA